UUUGUUGCACUAUUACCGUAUUUUUUUCGCUCUAUAAGACGCACUUUUUCCCCCCUUUGUCGGUGCGUCUUAUGGAGUGGCCGGUUCCGGUAUUCCUACCGCCGUGUCAGAAUACCGGGACGGCCGCUCAGCUCUUCUCUGCAGGAGAACCUUAACUGUUCCUUGGACCAGCGCUGUACAGUCUUCUAGCUUUAGUGUGGGCACCCGGCUGUGACAGCCAGAUGCCCACUGCGCAUGUGCAAGAAUGGUCCGCGCUUCUCGUGCAUGCGCAGUACUGUGUCCGCAGUCUCUGGUCAUCUCCUGUACUAUGUUCCUGGUCAUCUCCUGUACUGUCUACAGUCUCUGGUCAUCUCCUGUACUGUGUCUGCAGUCUCUGGUCAUCUCCUGUACUGUGUCCGCAGUCUCUGGUCAUCUCCUGUACUGUGUCCGCAGUCUCUGGUCAUCUCCUGUACUAUGUCUGCAGUCUCUGGUCAUCUCCUGUACUAUGUCCGCAGUCUCUGGUCAUCUCCUGUACUGUGUCCGCAGUCUCUGGUCAUCUCCUGUACUGUGUCCGCAGUCUCUGGUCAUCUCCUGUACUGUGUCCACAGUCUCUGGUCAUCUCCUGUACUGUGUCCGCAGUCUCUGGUCAUCUCCUGUACUGUGUCCGCAGUCUCUGGUCAUCUCCUGUACUGUGUCCGCAGUCUCUGGUCAUCUCCUGUACUAUGUCCGCAGUC